CGGACGGCGGGAGCGGGGCCAGGGCCGGGACCGGCACCGGGAGCGCAGCGGGAGCGGGACGAGCCGGGCCGCGGCGCCGCCUCCCGGGGGCACCGGGAGCGCAGAAGGGCCGGCGGCGGCAGGAGAGCGCGGCGGCCGGGAGGAGCCGGCGGGAGGCGGCCGGAGCCAGGCGGGAGCGGGCCGGGAGGAGCCGCCAUGGAGCGGAAGAGUGCUUUUCCUUUGGGCCAAGCUUCCCCAGGAAGAGACAGGACUCUCAGUCAUUUCAGCCCCAGUGGGAAGAAGUUCCGCAGCAAGCCGCAGCUGGCACGGUACCUGGGCAGCUCCAUGGACCUGGGCACCUUCGACUUCCGCACGGGCAAGAUGCUGAUGAACAAAAUGAACAAGAACAGGCAGAGGAUGCGCUACGACUGCUCCAACCAGGCCAAAGGCAAGCCUGAUUUGAACACAGCCCUGCCUGUGAGACAGACAGCCUCUAUCUUCAAACAGCCUGUCACCAAGAUCACAAACCACCCCAGCAACAAGGUGAAGAGUGACCCCCAGAAAGCUGUGGACCAGCCCAGGCAGCUCUUCUGGGAGAAGAAGUUGAGUGGCCUGAAUGCCUUUGACAUUGCAGAGGAGCUGGUGAAGACAAUGGACCUUCCCAAGGGGCUGCAAGGGGUUGGCCCUGGCUGCACAGAUGAGACUCUGCUCUCUGCCAUCGCCAGUGCCCUGCACACCAGCACCAUGCCCAUCACUGGGCAGCUCUCUGCAGCUGUGGAGAAGAACCCUGGGGUCUGGCUCAACACCUCCCAGCCUCUCUGCAAAGCCUUCAUGGUGACUGAUGAAGAUAUCAGGAAGCAGGAGGAGCUGGUGCAGCAGGUGAGGAAGAGGCUGGAGGAGGCCCUGAUGGCUGACAUGCUGGCCCACGUGGAGGAGAUUGCCAGGGAUGGGGAGCCUCCCUCGGAGAAAGAAGGAGCAGAGGAGGAAGGAGAAGAAGAAGAGGAGGAGGAGGAGCAGGACCAUGACCAGGAGAUGGAAAAUGUAUAGUCCAGGGAGUUCCAUCUAAGAAUUCCCAGUAUAAACCCAUUCAGCAGGGUCAGCACAAGCAUUCACAGAGCCAAGAGUGCACCAUCAGUCCAACUGUACCCCAGAGCCUUUGGAUGGACUUCAGGAAACAUGGAAGCUGAUGGUUCAUUCACUGCAGGGGAGUUCUGCAGAUGGAACUUGACUAAACUCUACUCCCCUUCCUUUUUCUACAGGAGUAGGGUGAUUGGGAAUGCAAAAGUGGGAGGGGAUAAAGAAUAUCAAUGGUGGGAGGGAAAAUCCGAGGAACUGAAUUUGCUGGCUCUUUUUUUGGGUUUUUUUUUUUUUGGUAUUACUUUUUGUGGGUCAGUGCUGGGUGAUACAUUUUUAAGCUUUUCUAUCAAAGUACUUUUAAUGACCCACAGAAACACUUUUCUCUCUAACCCAAGGGAGGGAGAUGCUGUUUCACUCCUUGGCUACUCUGCUGUGGGCUACCUGUUUGUACCUGACUGUAGGGAGGUCAUUUCAUGUUGUGGAUGGUUCAUUCCAUGUGUGAGUUGCUGUUUCCUCACAAGACCACAUUGGUCUUGCAGGUGUUUGGAAGUGCAGGCUCAGAGCUGAGCUGCCAGUGCCUCUCCCACCUGGGCUGGGUGAGGAGGGGAAGCUGCACUCGAGGACUUGGGCUGCCAGCUCUGGGCAUUUGGCUCUUUGGUUAUUCCACACCACAGUUUGGAUCCAAGCUCUGUGUGUCCAGACAUUUGCCUCCAAGACUCUGUUCACAAUAUACCCAACCUGAGGUAUAUUUUACUUUGGUUUAAGUCCAGUCAGAAGGACUUUCUCAACUGGGGAUGGAAGGAUGACUCAUUUCUGACUGAUAAUGAGGAAAACUUCCUCCUUUUUCUCUUCUGGUGCCAAGAACCUGCCCUCUGUUCCUCAGUGUGGAGGGAAGGGGAUCCAUUCCAACAGGUGUGGCUACACACCUGCUUUUGUGUGCAGUAAUGUUCUGACCUCUUU